AUGUCUAAGCGGAACAAUAGGGAGGGUGGCGCUGGCGCCAAAAAAACUAAUGCGUCCGUCGCGCGUGGCAAGGGGAUAAAAAAAGUGGCGGCAAAGAAGGUCGCGCGCGGUCAAGAGAAGUCCGGCAGGAAGGCGGAAGACGACGGGAAGCAACCAACGGCACGCAAGCGUGUUUCUACAGUGAACAAAGAGGCGGAUCAUGCCUCUGCUGGAACCGAGCCCGGUCCGACUAACGACGGCACCAGUGGCGGCAACAAAGAUGCGGCGCGAGGGAGCGCAAGUCUUGCAGUCCCGUCGGCGGAGAAAGAGGGAUCGGCGACAGGGGGAAACCACAGAGGCGAUCCCCGCGCCGAGCAUGCCGCAACCAAGGAGUCCGAGGCGGAGGCAUCACAACACAAUCUGACGCUGCUCCAGCCGACCGUGGUCGAAAUUUCUGCUGCCGUGCUGGAUAAGGACAAGGUGGAGGAGCACGAGUCAAUGGAGGAUCUUAACCACAGCAUCGCCAAAGUCGACCUUGGUGACGCCGAGGAGGAGGAUAAUGAGGAGGAGGAUGCGGAGGAAGAGGAAGAUGAAGAGGUUGCGGAGGAGGAUGACGCGGAUGUUGGGGAGGAUGAAAAUGAUGAGAACGAUGGCGGAGGGGACAAAGAGGAGGAGGAUGAGGAUGAGGACGAGGAGGGCAGCGACGAUGAUGAGGAGGAGGAGGAGGAGGAGGAGGAGGAGGAGGAGGAGGAGGAGGAGGAGGAGGAGGAGGAGGAGGAAGAGCAGGGGGACGACGAUGACGAGGAUGAGGAGGAGGAGGAGGAGGAGGAGGAGGAGGCAGAGAGGAAGAGGAGGAGGAGGAAGAGGAGGAGGAGGAGGCGAACAUGGCGGCAGUGA